UACAGUUGCACUUGCACCCAAGAAGACUUCAAGUUUUGUGCAGUAAACCAGGUAUAACUACCGGUUUUUGGUAAUCCAGCCAUCAAUGCCAUUCUUAAGCAAACCCUAUCUCCCAACGGUUCCCUUAUAAGAGUUUGAUUAGAGGUUUUGAGUUCUCUGACAAAGAAGGCGCGUGAUGGAUGCUCAGGGGUGAUCUGUUAAUGGCGUUUUCCAGACAUCACUUCACCGGUAAAAGUGGAGUUUUUCUCUCAGCUUUUAUACUGUUUUUCCCUUUCUAUUUGAAAAACUUUGGCUAAAGUUUAGUGUGGCUUUCGCCCAUCGACAGAAAAAUCAAUAUCAAACAUGUUAUUUGCAGUAAUGUUUGUAAUCUUUAGACGGGUUUUGAUGUGUUACAUGAGCAUUUGAUCGUUUCUGGGUGGGCGGGUUGGGGAGGAGAGAGACGACGACGCAGAUAGGAAAAGCAGCGUCGCAGAGAUGGUGAAGAAGAACAAGGAACCCAGGAACGAAAGUGCGUUUGGAUCAUCAUCAUCAAAGAAGAACGUCAAGAGAGGAGAUUGGACUGCUGAAGAGGAGCAGAAGCUCGUAGACCACGUCAGCGUUCACGGCGAAGCCAAAUGGGGGUCCCUACCUGCUAAGGAAGGGAGUUUCUCCGAGGAUGAGGAAGAUUUGAUUAUUAGACUCUACAAUUUGCUCGGUAGCAGAUGGUCUCUAAUAGCAGGGAGAUUGCCGGGUCGAACAGAGAACGAAGUGAAGAAUCACUGGAUUCACCAUUUGAAUAAGAGGGUUUUGACAAUUACAGAGCUAAAUCAAAGGGCUGGUGGGGGUAACAGCAAUUCUCAGACUUCUAAUGUUCCCACAAGUGUUGCAGAGGCGUCCAACCUGAGUCCAGUAGUAGAUGCUUGUUGCCCAUUUGAUACUAUUAUCAGAAGCUCUGAAGGGUCGACGCAGAUGAAUCCGCCCUCCGAGACUGAGAGUGAGUUGUACUUGGACAUGGACGAACUCCUGGACUUCUCUGCAUUGUCUGAUUUACCCUGAUCUGGCGCACCUGGACGACAGAGAGUUGAUUGGGAGUUGAUGAAAGAUCACUACAGUUAAUUCAAGUACAGAACUCAAGAUUGUUGAAUGAAGAAAACACCUUUUAUAUGUACUGCAGUUAUAAUUACUACUUCAUUUUAAACCUCUUAAGGAUUCAUAAGUUCAGUUAAGGGAUGGAUUUUCUACCAUCAAGCAAGCAUUGAGACCAAAAGAGCUUAGGACUCUUCCACCUUGCUGACUUGCAGUUCAA